AUUUGUUGGAAUAACAGUCGCUAGCACAAUAAAACGGUUUGCGGUUAUGAUGUUGGUCCAUGUCUCGUUGCUAUGGACAUUUGACACCAAAACGUCAAAUUUGCACGUGAUACAAGUAACCAAAUUUUUGAAGUCCACCGAUUUGAUAUCAGAUUGACUCGCGGGCCAUAACACUCUACGACCAUACCACGACAUAAGCUGAACUUGAUUUUCGGCAGUGAAAUUGAUAAAUUCGAAGGGUCUACCGCAUUUAUCUGUUCAGGCGGACAUUUAAACUGUCCAAAGCAGGCCACAGGGGACCCUGCUUGUUAGCCUUCUCAACAGUAGAAGUCAACUCCUUAAUAGUACCCGACACAAUGCCUCAUGCUCUCUCGAUGCCGGCGCCUGGCUUCCAGGCCAUAAUCCUUUGCGGGCCGGGAGUUUCGUUCGAUACCUUCACCUCCAAGCCAGAGGAAUCGCCAAAGGCACUUCUGCCGAUCGCGAAUCGACCCAUGGUCUGGUACCCCCUGGACUUCUGCUACCGCAUGGGAAUCACAAAAAUCCACCUAGUUGCACCUCCAACGUCAGCCCCAGCAAUCCAAGCAGCGUUAAAUACCAACCCACACCUCACAGCAUUACCUUCACCAAAGCCGGAUCUAAUUGCACCGGUAGACUUGGACCAGACCACCGGAACAGCACAGAUCUUUCGCCUACCAGAGGUUCUUAAAGAGAUAAAAGGCGACUUCAUUGUCUUGCCUUGUGAUCUCGUCUGUGAAUUAGGCGGAGAGGCACUUCUCGAGACAUGGAUGAUCCGGGAAGCAGGUCUAGGUGGUGCCACUGGUGGAGGAGAAGAGUUCAACGGACCUAAGAUGGCAAUUGGUGGUGAGAAGGGAGGAAGGAGGGGUGGACUGGGAGUCUGGUACGAAACGAAGAUUGAAGUACCGAAGGGAGAACUUGGAGUGAAGGGAGAAGAAACUGAUUUCCUGGCUACGGCGCCAAUCGAGCAAGGCCCAGUACCCGCUCACCAAAACUCGCUUUUGCGCGAUACAUCAAAGGUUGUAUUGUCGUUUCCAACGGAUACGCUGAAUGAUACCGUCGAGAUGAAAAAUAUGCUGCCUGUACGACAAAGUUUGGUCGCAAAGCAUGGCAAUGUCCGGAUGCUCACGACGCACCGCGAUGCGCACAUCUACAUUUUCCCAGCUUGGGUCCUUGAUAUGAUCAACAAGAAUGACGAUAUGGACAACCUCAGCGAAGACGUCAUCGGCUGGUGGGCCAAGGCAAGCUGGCAGAAUGGCUUCGCCGAGAGGCUUGGGCUGCGCGAAAUCUUCCACGGCGAAGAGCCGAGUAACGACGAGGAAGCCCUCGAGAGGGACGAGGAGUCAAAGGAGGAUAUAGACAUUGCCGCUAUAAGUACUACAUCAGUAUCUAGAGUCGAGACUCUCAAGUCAAGCAUCACCAUCUCCGCCACCGAGCAAAGCCCUCAAAUCGACGCCCAAGACAGCAGCACCACCGAAGCUACUACCGAUCCCCUGAUCGUACCGCCAUUUCUCGCAUUCAUCCACAAAUCCCAGCCCUACGGCACACCCGGAGCCCCUGUAGUGCGACGCGUGGAUACCGCGCCGCUCCUGCUCAUGAUCUCGCUGCAACUAGCCAAGUUGGAGGCGAUCGACCAAGUUGGCCGUCAAGACGCGUCACCGCUCGCCCACGCAAGCAAAGUUGCGUACCCGCAGGGUAUCGCAGGUCGCUGCACGGUGACGCGCCAGGACUGUCUACUGGCGGACAACGUGACGGUCGAGGAGCGCUCGGCUGUCAAGGAGUGUGUUAUUGGCGCCAACUGUAAAGUUGGGGAGGGCGCGAAGCUGUUCCGCUGUGUGCUGAUGGAGGGUGCCGUGGUAGGAAAGGGGUGUAAGAUCUCCGGAUCUAUUCUUGGACGUCGCUCGGUCGUGGGGAAUGAUUCAGUUCUGCAGGAUUGCGAGGUAGAGGAUAACAUGAGGAUUGAGGCUAAAACCGAGGCUAAGAACGAGAAGUUCAGGAGUUCGGAAGGUCUCGAAGCAACGGAGGAGGAAAUGGCAGAUGCUUUUGCGGAUGAGAUCGACCAUGAGGCUUGAUGCAAGAAUAGUGUGCGGCUUUGAGUCACGGUUUCAGACCAUUCCUCCCAAUGGCUGGAUUAUUUUAACAACAAUGGAAAAAGACUUGCCGGCAAAUGCCCCCUCGCAUGAGGACCGCUGAACAUUGAAUUGCCGCGGUGAAGUCUCCGCUAGAAGCAAAAUAGACUAACUCUUGGG